GCCGCGCACAGCCGCCAUGUGCUUCCGGUGGAAUCUCUUCCGGACGAAGUCUCUCGAUUUUUUAUUCUUAUUCGUCUUUAAACAUUAAAAAAGGGGAAAACAUUAACGCGUAUAUGUCGAAAACGACUGCGGUUUUACUUCGGUAAAACGAGAAGCGGGGUUGGAUUGUCAAGGCGUAGACGCGAACGGAUUAUAACGCGUCGAACGCAAGACAACAAAAGCCGUCAAGGGAUUUUUUUGUGGACAUUUAUAACAAAACUUAACAGCGUGGGGGGGGGGAUUCUACAUAAAUAAUACAUUUGGGGGGGAGGGGAGAAACACAAGGCGUCGUCGUCUUCUUCACAGUGGCCACCACCGCUUCGCGAAGAUGUCGCUGGUGGACUUGGGCAAGCGCCUGCUCAUGGCGGCACGGAAUGGGGAGGAUGAUGAAGUCCGUUCCCUCAUGACAAAUGGCGCGCCAUUCACUACUGACUGGUUGGGAACAUCGCCAUUGCACCUGGCGGCACAGUAUGGACACUACACAACGGCGGAGGUGCUGCUGCGUGCCGGUGUGAGCCGUGAUGCCCGCACCAAGGUGGACAAGACGCCACUGCACAUGGCCGCCUCGGAGGGCCACGUUAACAUCGUUGAGCUGCUCAUCAAGAAUGGGGCGGAGGUGAAUGCGAAGGACAUGCUGAAGAUGACGGCGCUUCACUGGGCUGCGGAGCAUGGCCAUCGUGCCGUCGUGGAGGCGCUAGUGCGCGGAGCUGCUGACACGCACACACUGAGCAAAUUUGACAAGACAGCACUUGACAUCGCCGCUGACCGGGGGCACGCCAACCUUCUAUCCAUCCUGCAGGAGGCCAUGGCCAACCAAGUGAAUACAAAUCCACUAGAGCGUGCUGGCAGCAUGGGCAUUCCCGUGUCAUCCCCACAAAUCAUCUUCAGCCCCAGCGGGAUGAUGAACAUAGCAGGCCUUGUGUCUGCAUCCAACACCAAAGCAGCCACUGAAAGCGCAUCCCAGAGUGUACAGUUCAGCAGCUCAUCUACAUCGGUGCUGGCCACACUGGCAGCUCUAGCUGAGGCCUCCGCACCGCUUACAAGUUCUCCCAACACAACUGUGGUGUCAUCGGCACAGGAGACUUGGACGUGGCUGGAAUCCCAGGGCCUGGUGGCCUCACAGGCUCAGACUGUAGGCACAGACGGGUGCACCUCUACCUUCACAGUCAGUGAAGGUGGGAAGCUCUCGCUUAAUUGGGGCAACAAGCAGCAGGGAGUGGUGGCAGAGGAGGUGGUUACCACGGAAACUGAUGCGGUGGAUGCUGCCAUACAGCAGGUGUCAGGGGUUGGAGGCCAGCGAGUCAUCACCAUCCUAGCGGAUGGCGUUCAGCUGGGCAACCUACAAGCGGCGCUUAGUGGAGGCAGCAUGGGCCAGCCUAUCCUGCUGGCCAUGCACAAUGGGCAGCAAGUGUUGGCUGUCCCUGCGGGACACAUGACAACGGAGACCACCAACGAACCAUGUGAGGAGCUGAGGGAGCCACCGAUCAAGAAAUUGUGCACUACCCCUGUAAACAACCACAAAGCGGGCAUUUCCAAGAGUGUCAAGAAGGUGGCUGAGAUGGAGCAUGGAGGUUCCAGUGGGGCCAUGCAACCAAGCCUGGACAAAGAGCUGCUGCAGAAACAGCUAGCGGAGGCUAACCGUAAAGCACAGGAGUUCCGUCAACAGCUGUUGGAGAAAGAACAGGAGGCAGAUGCAUACCGUGCCAAGCUGGAGGCCAUGGCGAAUGUGCAUAAUGGAAAAGGUGUGGAAAGCGCACCCACCGCAAACAAGGUAGCUACUGCUACUCCUUCCCCAACCACUGCCUCAAAUUCCAUCCCUACCAGUAGCUGUGAGGCGGUCAUCUUGCAGAAUGUGGUGCAGGUGACGGUGGAGGAUGAGGAACCAGUUUCCCUGGAAGAUAUGGAAACUAAUCCGGUUGAUAAUCUUGAACCGGUCACGGUGGAGAGCAUGGAACCAGUUACUGUAGAGAAGGUGGAACCUGACACGGUAGUUGAUGUGGAAUCGAUUACUGUGUUGACAGUAGAAGCAGACUCUGCAGAGAGCCUGGAAGCAGACAUUUUAGAGAAUGUGGAACCGGUCACUGUGGAGAAUCUUGACCCACUCCUGGAGGAGAGUAUGAAACCAGAGUCGACUGAAAAUGUGGAACUGGUUGUUGAGGAUAAUGAGGAACAGGAUCCAGUCUUGAUGGAGAACAUGGAACCAGUUGCUGUAGAAGAUGUGAAACCACUUACUAUAGAGAGCGUGGAAUCUGUCGCCGUGGAAAGUGUGGAAUCUGUCGCCAUGGAAAAUGUGGAAUCGGUAACCCUGGAAAGUAUCGAAUCCAUCACCAUUGAGAGCAUGGAACCAGUAAUAGAGAGUGUGGAAUCGGUCACUUUGAAGGGGGUGGAAGCUGUUAACGUUGAGGGCGUGGAACCAAUUACUUUGGAGGAAGCACCGGUUGUGCUGAUGACGAUGGAGGAGCCUGCUGUGACGGUGACGCAAGAGGAGGAGGAGCCGAGGAACAAGGAGACUCUAGAGGCAUGUGGUGACAUAGCCCCACAGCAAUAUGAGGCCACCCAGACAGAGUCUGAAGUUGCUGGGAAAGGCAGUAAUGAAGACGGGCAGGCGUACGAGGGAGCCGUGGACAUUAAGACUGACCCUGAGACCGAGGAAACAAUGGACACCACCACGGCCAUGCUGGUGGUUGUGGAAGAGGCCACUGUUAAUCUAGAAGCCAUCACAGUCGUCAAAGAAUAAAGUCCCAUUUUAUAUUUUUUACAGCUACGAAUAUACAUACAGGACACUUUUUUAUGUUCUUAUCGACCUGAGAACAAGUGAGUUGGCAAUUGGUGAUUUACAGGUGGUACGGCCAGAUGGUUGACAUACCGGUUUGAUUCAGUCACUGCAGUGAUGCAUGCUGCUUUUGAGACUCAUGAUAGAACUACCAUGAAUUAUACCAUAUGCUGCAGGUCUUGGAUCAAAUCAGUUUUUUAAAGGAGACUGCAAAAUGGUUGAGAAAAAUAAUGACAUGAUACACAUCAAAGUCCUUCAGUUGUCUUUGUUUUAAUUGCAGAAUUAAAAAGUUUAGUUCCAUGACAGGUUCUAGUGUACAUUGAUGAAAACAUCAAUUAUUGUGAGCCCCACCGUGCCUUAAACACAUGCCACAUGUAUGCGCUUACAAUGUGUUUUUCAUACUUUUGUUUCAGAUUUAAUUUCUUCCACUGAAGCACUACAAGUGCUACUUACAAUAAAUAUAUAAGGUAUAUUAUGCUACAAAACUGAUUUUGAUGAAAUUGCAUUUUAAACACCAUUUUGAGAUCCAAGACUGUCGUAUGUAAACCUGGUUAUGUGCAACCUCCAAUGAAAAUAUCACCAAAAAAAACACAUUGCUGUAUCACAACUUCCAUUCAGACUGGAGCAACUUUUUACUCGACUCGGUUAUCCACCGUGCAAUUCGCACAAGGCUUAAAAGAGAAUUACAUAAAGCUUAAUUUAUGGAGAAAGCCUGUAAAAACAGGUGAGUUUUAAGACAUUAUUUAAAAAGUGUAACACUCAGAUUCCCUAAUGGACUGAGGAGGAGAAUUCCACAAUCGUGGAGCUUGGCUGCAAAAAUCUCCAUCUCCCAUAGAACAAAGUCUGGUCUGUGGAAUAAUGAGUAGACCAGAAUUAGCAGAUCUAAGUUUUUGCAGUGAAAUAUUAAAUGUGAGCAAUUCAUUCAAGGCCUUAAACAUGAGAAGAAUCUCAAAGUCGAUUCUGUAAUUUACAAAGGGCCAGUGCAGUGAGGACAAUGUGAGUAAUAUGGUAUAUCUGAACUAUAAGUGGCAGCAUCAAUCCCCUGACAAUCAACGGUCGCUGUUAAUCCGCUGCAGCCAAGAGGCACCUUCACCUAGCAGGCACCCUUAUAAAGAGAACCUGCUAGGCUGGGUCAACCUUAUAUAAUCACAUCACAUGUCCAAAUAUGAGAGUUCGUGCAUUAGGCAGCAAACCACGUGUCACUUUCUCAGAGUAGUCUUUGGGUAGACAAAGUAUCCUAAGAACAGCCUUCAUAACUUGGUUUAAUGUGAACAUGGUAAGACUUUACUAUUGUGUCCAGGUGUUCUUGUAGCAGUGAUGUCACAAAUGUUAGCACUGGUAAUACAAAUAUAAAACACUCCUACGAAAACUUAUGUACAAAUUAGAAUGCUAAAUCCUGCUAUUUUGUUUCAAAAACAAAACCUUUGUAAUGUGUUACUCCCGUGAUGAUGUAAUGAAAUGGCAUAAUUAUGACCUCAUUCAAUAGUUUAAAAUUGCAAAACAGGUUUACUUGUAUGCAUAUUUUAUAUAAACAAUCCCAUCAAAUUUCAUCUGAGUUCCGUGAACUUAAAUUGUGGGGCUCUGAAAUGUUCACGCCGUAACAGGUCUUGUUUAUGAUAUUCCCCAUUCCUUACUGAAAAGACCAUCUCUAAGUCUCCACUCGGUUUAAUAAUUCAGUUUUUAUUUUACAAACAUAUCCUAAUGUGCCCAUAAUGUACGAUUCAUUGAGCUACUAGUUAUUUCAUCUUCCAUGUUUGCACCUUCCUAAAUGCAAGUUGGUCUUAUGCGUUGUCAUGAGUCUUAAUAUAAUAUGUACAAUGGCUUCGUACAUAAUUGAAUGUGGUCAGUGCUGGACAUAGAGGUGGGGCUUUCGUCGCUACAUUGUGAAUUCAGCCUAGCAAUGCUACAUCUACACCUUUACCUUUUGAGCACGUGGCAUUCAACUUUAGAGCAUAAACCAGCCUGGAACAUUGUUGAUUUAUCACUGCCUUCUCCACAUCACCAUCAUUGCUUACAUUUAUAGAGCGCCUUUAACCAGCAGGGCGAGUUGCUUUACGACGUUAUGUGGUAAUUGAGUACUCCUGUAUUCCAGAGUGGUAUGUUUUCUAGUGAUUUUUUUUAGGUUUAUGGUUUUCAUAGCCAAAUGCAGUGGUGUCUUCACCAGUGUUUGACUCGGCUACAAAAAAAAAAACUUCCAACAAGAACAUGUUUUUUAUUUGUUUGAUAAUGUAGCUACUUUAUUCAUUUAUCAAUGUAUCGUGUAUUACAUUUCUUACUUGGAGUCAUUACAUGUUGGUUAUUCUCGUGUAUCUUUUAUUUUUUCUAAUUUGGUCGUCCAUGUAUAGUUUGGACCAAAAUUUGUAUUUGUCAAUUGAGCAGCAUAUUGUGGUGCUUGUUACAUAAUCAAAUGACACCUCUCCCUACCCCACUCCCAAAAUAAGCUGAAAUAUGUUAACUUUAGGUCACUAGUUGCGAUUAGGAUUUUUUUGGCAUGUACCUUGAGUUAUCAUAUAUAAACAGUUUUUUUUACAAGUAAUGUUGCUGUUAAUUCAGGAUGCAUCCAUCACAUGCUUGAGAACAUUUAAGAAAUACAUAGAUAAAAUGAAUGGCUGUUGAACCACAGGUUUGGUAAAUCAAGGGUUGGUUAUAUAUGCAAACUAUUUCAAUCUGAAAUGUCUUUCAACGGCCCUUAAAGGUUCGAAAUGUAUACAUCUGUAAAAUGUUCAAGCAUGUACAAUCUGCUGGAAAGUGGAAUACUACAUUUCUUGCAGACAUGUUUGUAAUGUCUCACGUGACGCCAUACACCUCCCUCUCAACUUUGAAAAGGAAUUACGAGGGCAUGAGAAAGGCGAGGCUGUAAGUCACAUUGAAACUGCAUAUUAACUGUAGCGAGGAGUGGUGUUAAAGAGGAUGCAUCAUGUUGUAAUUUGAAAUACAGCCUAUCCAUACAAUUAGAAUUGAUCCUGUUUUGUAUUAUUUGUAUUAUUUUAUUGUCGUAUAGUUUUAUUCUCUUAGACUAAAUGUAACAGCAUAUCAUAUGCAUAGUAAUUUUAUAAAUCGCAGCUAACCAACUGGGAAAGUGCCCAAUUUGAUGCAUGUAUGAUGAGCAUAAGUAUAUAUUAGAAUGUAUCCAUCAUUACAUGCCUGCUAGAAACUAAAUGCCAAUUGGAUGCAAGCUUUCACUGACAUUCAAAAGUCUACUGCCAUGCUUAUCCCGCCAAACGCUUGAAAAUCAGUUUUCCAAUAGUGGUUUAAAGGUUUCACAAGCCUUGAGUCUCUUCUGUAUUCAUGUUAGAACCACUUUACACACGAAAUAAGGCUACCCAAAACACCAAUAACUCUUGUAACUUCUAGGCUGUCUGUCCCAGGAUGCCGAUUUGAGGUUGAAAAAAAAAACCUUUCGACUGAAUUGAAGCACAGCUGUUGCAUCCUAAUGUAGUCACUGCAAUGGCAUUCAAAUUUUUGGAAGUGGCAUUACUAGAUUACCUGGGCAACGUACCUGAAAGUCACUUCUCAGUCCCUUCUCAUAAGCAAAGUUUCAAACUCGUGUUGUACAGCGCAGGACUAGCAUAUAGGUUAUUUGGAUUGCCUCUACAUGUUCUGGUGCUUUUGUGGUUAAGUAGGUUGGGUUAGGAGAUGAGACUCAAUGACCAUUUUUAAUUUUUGAAAUUUGUCUUACAGAUUAACACAUUUUACACCGAGAAAAUAAAUGUGACUAUAUUACAUCCAGAAUGUAUAAUAAACUCGGAACUCUUAAACAGAUAAAUACAGCAUAACACGUUCCUUCGGAGUGGGCAGGUAGGAACUUGGUUGGACAGCGCAUUUGUGCUCGACAGAGAGCUCGUGGUCACGUGACGCACUUCAACCAAUCCGGGAGCGUACAUGUUUGGGAGGGGCUAUGCACGACAGACAAAUAAUCCUUGGUGGGCAGUGUGGAACUGUUGUUCCUACCUGUAAUAACACUGAGAUUACCAAUGGGAAAAAAAUGCGUAAGUCAUUGUGACAACUAACAAUUCCUCAUGAUAGAUGCUUCACACAUAGAUAACCUGCAACUGCAAAUCCUCAAAGCACAAUACAUUGACUUGUGCCACUCCUUAUGCCAACUUGUCUCUUUCUCAUUCUGGAGCAGAUGGACAAGCAUUUGUAUAUAUGACAGCGAUGUCCAAUGUUCUGUAAUUGCAGCCCCACCUCAAACCGGCUUCCCAUGUCAGUGAAUUGUGUCAACCUUGGUGGGCACUUGGCAGAUGCUGAUGACGGUGUGAAGGCAUGAACUGGUCGGGGCAAUUCCCUGUGAGCUCACGAGGUCAUCGCUGUUGACUAUUGGGCAGUGUUUUUGUACAUUUGUAUAAUACGCUUUCCAGCAAUUUCACAAAUAAAAUUUCGUAACAAAGGUCAUGCACCUCUUUCA